AGAGGGCCAUUAGUCAAUCUGUUAUUGAUACUGGUGUGAUGGAGAUAUCACUGCUAAAGGUGCUUCUCAACAACAUCUCUUGUCUCUUUCAAUUGUCAUCACGUGACAACAUAAAAUGUGAACCAGUUCACAAAUAUUACCUGAAGAUUGAAGAGAAGCUGAAGUUGUUAAAGCCAGCACUUGAGGCCAUUGUUGAUACUGAAAUAGCUUCUGAUGAAUCCUUUCAAAAGGCAUUUGCUGGAUUGGGCCAGGCUGUUGAUGAAAUGAGGGAGCUAUGUGAAAGCUGGCAUAUGUUAAUGAGUAAAGUUUAUUUUGUUCUGCAAGUAGAAUCAUUAACUGAGAAAAUUCGCAUUUCUGUCCUGGAGAUUUUUGAGCUGCUGAAAUCUUCUGAUCACAGUCUUCCUGAUGAAUUAAGUGCGUCAUCUCUUGAGCACUGCAUACAGAAACUUAAGCGUAUGGGAUCUGAACAAACAUCAGAUGUAAUUACAAAAGCUUCUAGGGAUCAGGUGGAAGGCUCCGGAGCAAGCUCAGAGGACUUGGCUAAAAUUGCAGAUUACCUGAGCUUAAAGUCAAACCAGGAGCUUCUAAUUGAGGCUGUAGCCCUUGAAAAAUUGAAGGAGAAUGCUGAACAAGCUGAAAAGAAUGGGGAAGUUGAUUAUUUCGAUCAAAUGAUAGCUCUAGUUACCAAUAUGCAUGACCACCAUGUUAUGGUAAAACAGUCCCAGAGCUGCCCCGUACCCAUACCUGCUGAUUUCUGCUGUCCUCUCUCACUUGAGCUCAUGACAGACCCUGUCAUUGUUUCUUCUGGGCAAACCUAUGAACGGGCUUUUAUCCGGAAAUGGAUUGAUCUUGGACUCACUGUUUGCCCCAAGACACGGCAGACUCUGACACACACCAAUCUUAUUCCAAAUUACACUGUGAAGGCACUAAUUGCAAAUUGGUGUGAAUCAAAUAAUGUGAAGCUGCCUGAACCCAUGAAGUCUUUGAGCUUCAACCAGCCUGCCUCCCUUCUUACACAUGCAGAAUCUGGUGCUACCAGAGAUCUACAUGUUUUUCCUUCCUUAAGGAGCAACCAAUCUACAUCACCGGAGCUAGCUGGGUCACUAGGCUCUCCUGGAAAAAAUUUAGUCUCAUCAAGUGCAAUCCAUAGGGAGGGAACCUCUCCACUGCACCCCCGUUCAUCUUCAGUGGAUUCCUUGUCUGGAGUAGCUGGAAAUGGGCAUGGAUUGGACACUGAGAGAAUAUCACUCAGAAUUUCUGAGGACAGGUUGGCUAACUCCGGAGAGAGAAGUUUGGAUUCAGGUGAGCAACUUUCUAUGACACUGUCAAGAAACGAAUUUUCUGAUAAUGCUGGGGCUGAUGGACAGUCAUCUCAGGGCCACAAUCGUACUAUGUCAGCUUCCAGCACACUUUCUGAUUCAAACUUUUCACAAGGAACACCUGAGGAUGGCAAUGAGGUGUCCUCACAGGCGGCAGCCUACAUUACUGAUGCUUCGGGGGAAGUAACAUCAGAGUCCCAACCCAUCACUACUUUGACUGCUCCACAGAGAGUGCCCGAGUUGCUAUCUCGAUUGGAAACAAGAUCUCGUAGCCAAACAAUUUGGCGUAGACCAUCCGAGAGGUUUGUUCCAAGGAUAGUUUCUUCUCCUGCCAUUGAAACAAGGGCUGAUCUUUCUGGAGUUGAAACUCAAGUCAGGAAGCUGGUUGAGGACUUGAAGAGCUCUUCCCUUGAUGAACAAAGAAUUGCCACUGGUGAACUCCGGUUACUUGCCAAGCAUAACAUGGAUAACAGAAUUGUAAUUGCAAAUUGUGGGGCCAUCAUCUUGUUGGUUAAUCUUCUUCAAUCAACGGACACAAAAAUACAGGAGAAUGCUGUUACUGCACUUCUCAACUUAUCAAUUAAUGAUAACAACAAGGCGGCAAUUGCAAAUGCUGAUGCAAUUGAACCUCUUAUUCAUGUCCUCGAGACAGGGAGCCCUGAAGCUAAGGAGAACUCUGCUGCCACUCUUUUUAGCUUAUCGGUGAUUGAGGAUAACAAGGUCAGGAUUGGGAGGUCAGGGGCAAUUCAACCUCUGGUAGAUUUACUUGGAAAUGGAACUCCUAGGGGAAAGAAAGAUGCAGCUACAGCUUUGUUUAACUUGUCAAUAUUUCAUGAGAACAAGGCUCGUAUAGUGCAGGCUGGUGCUGUGAAGUACCUCGUAGAGUUGAUGGACCCUGCUGCUGGGAUGGUUGAUAAGGCAGUUGCUGUUUUGUCGAAUCUUGCUACUAUAAAUGAGGGAAGGGCAGCCAUUGGUCAGGAGGGAGGGAUCCCUGUAUUGGUUGAGGUUGUCGAGUUGGGUUCUGCAAGAGGGAAGGAGAAUGCAGCUGCUGCUCUCCUACAGCUUUGCACUAAUAGCCAUAGAUUCUGCAAUAUGGUUCUCCAGGAGGGAGCUGUUCCACCAUUAGUGGCAUUGUCACAGUCCGGCACACCGAGAGCCAAAGAAAAGGCACUCCUUAGCUAUUUCAGAAACCAGCGACAUGGUAAUGCUGGGAGGGGCUGACUUUGAUGGAAUGACAUUUGGCCGUAUGCAAUAUUGUGAGGUCAGAUAUAUGUAUUGUGUAAAUCCUGUCUUGUGAAUAAUGCAUUUGAAAAUCCUAGUUUUUGGAUGUUUCUGGAUUCGUGAUAAUGAAUUGGGGAAAGAAUUGAUUUAUUUAGGGUAAAUGAGUCCUCUCAAGAAUAACUUCAUUUCAGAAUGUGAAAAUCAUUUCUAUACCUGGAAGUUUUGGUUUUUUGCCUUUUCAAUGAGAGUUGGACCAAUACUGUGGGCGAUGAAUAAUUUUCCUUUAAAUAUUUCUUUUUCAGUUCAUGCCUUGAGGAUA